GAAAAAAUUUUCGUAAAAUAAUUUGUCGUGGGUUUGAAGAACACACAAAAAUUGUGCUCGGAAUUUUAUCAAAAGCAGCCGAGACGGGGGAAACUAUAGAUCUUCAAAGUCUAUUCCUUCGCUUCACUUUUGACGUCUUCACAAACAUUCUGACUAAUCCCGAGAACGUGGCAACCUUCGUCAUCGCAUUCGAACAUUUCCAAUCAGUAAUUAUGAAGCGUGCAUUUAAUCCUUUAUGGCCAAUUCUAGAAAUGUUCUCUGAGACUGGACGAAACAAUCGCAAAUAUCAUAAAAUACUUGAUGAUUUCGCGUGUAGUAUUAUUCGAGAACGACUACAGGAGCCUCCAAAGACAGAAAGUCCUACUGAUGUCUUGCAAUUGUUUAUGGAUGCUAAAAACGCUAACGAAGAAAGCUUGAAUGAUAAAGAAUUAC